GUCACCACGCAACACCUUCUUGAUGAUGCCAAGGACAGACAAAGUCAAGCGAGAAAGCUCAGAACGCGUCGGUCGUGCCAAGGUUCUGGAGCAGGAGGCGACCCAUGUCAUCAAUGCAGCAAAGAAAGUAGCCGAGGAAGCAAAAGCCACCUGCGAGCGGGAUCAUGGCAGCCUUGACCCAACACUUCUCAAAGAGACGGAGGCGGCGCUGAAGCCGCACCUCCAGGCGCUUCUCGAUCAGCUCAAAGUGCUGGAGACUUCUGGCCUAGGUGAUGCCAUGCGGGCAGUGGAGACGCGCAUCCGACGGACGCACGUUGCAGCGACUGACGCCGCGACCAAGAUCAAGGUUCUCAUACCAACGGUUAUGAGGGUGCAACAAGAAAAGCUUUCCGAGCAGCGAGAUGAGAAACUCUUGAAAGAGAUGCUCGCUUCGAUCAUGGAAAAGUUCCAUGAAGCAGAGGACUUAGUGGAAAAGGCUGAGAUCACCUCGGCCAUGAUCGAACACGCUGGCGAUGACUUAGCCGAGGCACAGAAGGCGGCAGAACAGACCGAGGAGUCGGCUAAACAAGCAGCCGCCGCGGUCAAAGAAGCACUGGCAGCAAUUGGCUUGAAGCUGGGCAUGCUAAAGCAGUUCGAGAGUGAUCAGGGUCGGCUGAAGGCCGCAGACUCCUUGGGCACAUUCAGUGAGAAACUGCGAGUAGCAAACCAGAAGCUGCUACCUUUGUUGGCAGCUCAAGACACCUUCAAGGCACAGGUGGAGGCCAAGAAUCUCUCUGACGAGAUGGAGGCCAAGCUGAUGCCUGCAGAGGUCGAGGUUGAGCGCGCAGAGACGAUCGCAGUGCCCUUGCUCAACUUCGCAGAGGCAGCUCUGGCUGCGGGUCAAGCUGCCGCAGAAGCGACUGUGACGCCCAAAGCGAAAGCAAAGACCAAGGAGAAGGAAUCAUCGAAGCCGGCCAAGAAAAAGGGCGAGACGCACGAGCUUCCAACCGCCGAGGUGGUGGCGCUGGCAGCAAAACACGCGUCAGAAGCAGCCGUGAACCUUCAGGGAGUCCAGAAGCUGCUGGACCAGAAGCGAAGCAACCAGCAAGUCUUGUUCUCCACGCCCAUGAAGAAGGUGCUGGAGAGGGUGGAAACGCGUAUCAAAAGCGCGCAGAAGAAGCUGGAUCGCAUCAAGAUCGCUCAGAAGGAGUUGCGCGAAAGGGAGACAAGCACGGCUUCGGUCAGUGAUGUGGCCGAGAAGAUGGACUCUGUUGCGAAGGCCGCGCCGUCAGCUGCCGUUGCGAAGUUGGAGAUUAGAG